CACUCGCGGAGGUGCAGGGAGCCCGGCCUGCGCCGGCGGGGGCGGUGGGCUCACCUAUGGGGAUUUCCAAAAGCAGACACACACCCAGGAAAGGUGAGGAGGAAAAGAAGGAAGUCACUAGUUCAUCUCCAAGACCUAAGGAAAAGUUGGCGGAGAAGCAUCCCCAGGAAGCCAAGCAGGCAGAAAGGGAGGGUGAGAAACCUGCAGACCUCCGUUCCGGGGCAGACACAGCCAAGCACCAGCAGCAGCCUUCAGCUUCGAGCAAAGAGAAACCUGACGCGAAGCAGAAGUCCACCAGGAAGAAAAGUAUCAUUCCACAGAUCAUCAUCACUCGAGCCUCGAACGAGACUCUGAGCAGCUUCGGCUCCAGCGGGAGUGAAGAGCAGAGGACCAUCCGGGAGCACACCACCUGGGGCCUCUACCACCGGCACCGGAACCCCAGCACAGUAGACGCCUACAAUGCACGCACCAAACAAUAAACAAGUGCCCCAGCCGCUGUCAUUACUCACUGUGAUACCAGUCUCGCAGCAGUGGCAGAAGGGCCAGCCCACCUUCAGGAAGCUGCAGGUGCCCUUCUUCCGUCCACAAGGCUUGCCCCCGAACCACCUUGGUGUUACCUUCCCCAGAGCUGCUGGCAGCUUGGUGCAGGCACGAGUGACUGGCUCAGGGAGUGAACUUUGUGGUAAUAAAUGAAUAAACUAGUAUUUUCCUGUU